AUGGGGAAACGAAAGGGUGCAUCUAGCCGCAUGACACCACCCAGUAGUCCUCCCAGCGUGGGCAUGUCUGAAACGGUUGCUCGGCCAGGCACUGCCUCCAGCGCCGUUGAGAUUCCGAUAUCAUCCAAGUCCGACACUGCUCACAAACAGCACAAGACUCGCCACCAUUCCGAGUCGCAAAGACGACAGUAUGGCUCUUCAGCGCGAAGAGGACGUGAUCAUCACUCGCCCGAUGCCAUUACGCCUUCGAUGGCCGCCCUUUUGGCCAUCACCGCCAUUCCUCCUCCCAACCGCCGUGGCACCACUCGGCCGAGGCAGGUCAAAUCGAAUGAGAUGGUCCGCAUGACAGUCGACUCCAUCGUUCCGCGCUCGCAGGUCUCCGAGAAAGAGCUCAGUCGUGAGCUUGAUGAUGAAGCUGACCCUCCACUGCACUUUAGCCCUUAUGGGGGUUACAGUCGCAGUCCCAUGGAUAUUCUGCUUAGUCCACCAGAGGAACUCGAGGAGGAUGUCAUCUCUAUCGCUAGCGAUGGCGCUUUCACUCCGCCAUUCUCAACCCGAGCCGCUUCGUUCGACAGUAUCCCAUCGUUGGGCAACUCACUCAGCACAAGUGGAUUACCAUCGUUCGAUUCACCAUUGACCCCACGAGGACGACGAUAUCGCCAACCACGACGGUCGCUUGAACCGGUGGUGUCACCCGUUGGUGAAGAGGCCGACCAUCCUCUGUCCAAGCAGACCUCCGUGACCGAGUUCGGCUUCGGGGUGUUUGAUGCUUCUCCAGUCUCCUUGCAAAAGAAGGAACAAUCGCCACAACUCGCCCUCAAGUCUGUCUUCAAGUCCAACCUUACCGCCUCUUUACGGGCCCUUCGGUCCGCCGCGAGGUCUCUGUCCAACUUCACCGCUUCAUCGAUUCCGCCCGAAGACUUCCUUACCCGCUCAAUCCUGACAAUGGACCCAAGGGUUCCAUUCACCGAUGAACGGAUGCCGCCGGUCUUGGAUCAGGAGCCGAGUGAGGCCAUGCGCCGGUAUCUCAAUCCGACGACCACAGUCCGACCGGAGUCGCGAUUGCCAACAAACGUUCGCAGCUACACAGCUUCCAUUCAAAUGCAGACAUACAAGGUUCAGCGCUCUAAGAACGGUGUGGCUGGCAGCAGUAAAUCGUCCAGCGCAGCAUCUACAAGUUCGAAAACGUCGCCGGCUCUGGUAUUCCUGCCUGGCCCUCGGCAGCGUGAGGUUCGCGAGAAUUCGGAUUUCAUCCGUAUCGCUGUGCUCGAACAUCUCAUGCGCAGGAGUGGCAAAUUCGACGAGCAGCGAGAGGGCCAUGCUCGCUGGGUACUCCCGGCGAGAAAGAUGUCGAGCAAGCCCUAUGAAAUUGGCCCCAAUGGUGUACCAGUGCGGUGGCUACCGCUGUCUCAGGAUCUGCCCUUGUCAUGA